AGAGUUUAUACUUAGAGCUAUGUUUUGGGAUGAACUAAUCUGCUAGAGAGCAGUGUGAGGAUCGGAACGCAUUGUGUGAGCGAGUGUGUGGAGGACAGAUAAGGGAAGAAGCCCGGCAGACUGACUGCUUGUUUUAAUGUGCUGACUCUGGGGAGCUAAAAAAAAAAAAAAAAAAAUAUUGACUCUUCAGUCGUGCGGCGUGAGCCAGGGCACAAGCGCCACAUUUAACAGAGGUGCUCCAGAAAACACGGGCGCGAGAGAGGAGAAAAUACAUCCAGCCAGACAGCACAUAUAGAGGAUUUCUCCUUCCUUUUCUUCUUUUUUUUUUAAUCUGUUCAUUUUUCUCUAUUUUUUUCUCGGGACUGAUUCCCAUUUCCAGUAGCAAAAAAGGAGCCGUAGAGCCACGAGAACACCAAAAACCCCCACAAAAAAUCGUCAAGAAACGAAACACCGCCAACAAGAUGUUUGAAAUCAGCCGAACACUGAAUGCUGCUUUGUUGAGCAAUGAGGGAUCGACAGAGACUCAGUGGCGUCAGGCAGACCUGCCGCAGCUCCAGGGCUGGGCUGAGAAGGGACUGCUGACACAGCCAAAGAUGAUAAUCAGCAACAUGGAGCCUCAGGUGACAAACGGGCCGAACUCUGCCAUGGCCAACGGUCCCUCCAGCAACAGCCGCAGCUGCCCCUCGCCAAUGCAGACCGGCGGCUCCAGUGACGACAGCAAGACAAACCUCAUUGUCAACUACCUGCCCCAGAACAUGACCCAGGAAGAGUUCCGCAGCCUCUUCGGCAGCAUUGGCGAGAUUGAGUCCUGCAAGCUGGUUCGAGACAAAAUCACAGGGCAGAGUCUUGGCUAUGGCUUCGUCAACUACAUUGACCCAAAAGAUGCAGAGAAAGCCAUCAACACGUUAAAUGGACUCAGACUUCAGACCAAAACUAUUAAGGUUUCAUAUGCACGGCCCAGUUCGGCUUCUAUCCGUGACGCUAAUCUGUACGUGAGUGGGCUGCCCAAGACCAUGACCCAGAAGGAGCUGGAACAGCUCUUCUCUCAGUACGGACGGAUAAUCACCUCCCGCAUUCUCGUCGACCAGGUCACAGGUGGCUCGCGGGGUGUGGGCUUUAUUCGCUUUGAUAAGAGGAUAGAAGCGGAGGAAGCCAUCAAGGGUCUGAAUGGACAGAAGCCCUCAGGUGCUGCCGAGCCCAUUACGGUGAAGUUUGCCAACAACCCCAGCCAGAAGACAAGCCAGGCACUACUGUCACAGCUGUACCAAUCCCCCAACCGCCGCUACCCUGGACCCCUCCACCACCAAGCGCAGAGGUUCAGGUGA